AUGUUCUUUCGAAAGCAGCGGCGCGUAAAGCCUGACCUACAACCCAGCAACUCCUCGAGCAGUCGUGACUCGAAUAAGGGCUUGAGAAGCCUAUUUCCCCUGUCAAGGGCCCAGUCCAAGACGUCAACUACCUUGGACGGCCAAGCGAAGGACGACAAGGGACCACUUGGACUGAACCUUCUAUCUUCCCCGACAGCGCCCGAGAUCGACCUCAUCUUCCUCCAUGGCUUAGGCGGCAAUUCUAGAAAGACAUGGAGCAAGUCAUCCGCAGAGCAGUCUCAUUUCUGGCCAGAGGAGUGGCUGUCCAAGGAUCCUUCAUUCAGGAGUGUCCGUAUUCAUAGCUACGGAUAUGACUCGUACUAUUUGAAGGGUAAGGAAGACUGCUUGAAUGUUCAUCACAUUGGCAAGUCAUUCCUAGGCGCGAUCAGCACCUCGCCAUGCAUUGUCAAUUCCAGGACAUACAUCGUUGUCAUCGGCCACAGCAUGGGUGGCUUGGUAAUGAAGAAAGCAUACAUCCUGGCGAAACAGGAUGCAGGGCACGAAGUGCUCGCUGGACGGUUCGCCGCAUUCUAUUUCCUCGCCACGCCGCAUCGAGGUGCCAACUCGGCAAAGAUGCUCAAGAACCUCCUCAGGGUUGCGUACGACCGCACUUAUGUUGGCGAUCUGGAACCGAACUCUGAAGCAGUCCAAGUGAUCAAUGACGAAUUUCGGCAUUUUUCGGCUGACCUUGAGCUCUGGUCAUUUUAUGAGACGCAGAAUAUGAAAUUCUUUAGCUCACUUAUCGUCGAUCCCGAGUCAGCCGUCCUUGGGUACCGUGGGGAGAAACAAAUACCCAUGACUGCUGACCACCGCUCGAUAUGCAAGUUUGACACACCUCAAGACUCCAACUACAUACUCCUACGAGACGCACUCGCCUCUACUGUGAGCAACAUUGUCACGGCAAUCCCGGAGAAGAGGCGUGACAGGAUCAAAAACCUCAAGAAGUACCUCCAAGUUUCCGACUUGUUGGACGACGAUCUUGCAAAUGUCUGCGAAGCUCGGAUGCACGGGUCGUGCGAAUGGAUUUCACACAAAGACAGUUACGUCAAAUGGAGGGAUGGGGAAUACGGAAACGACAGAACGCUAUGGAUCAAGGGCAAGCCAGCAACUGGAAAAUCUGUUCUUGCCGGCUAUGUCAUCGAUCAGCUCAAGGGGUCUGGCCAGGCUUGCAGCUACUUUUUCUUCAAACAUGGGGACAAGUCCAAGGCCAACCUAAGUCGUUGUCUCCGAUGUCUGGCUUUUCAGAUGGCGACCUCCAAUGCCGAAGCCAGUGAUGCCAUCAUAAAAUUGCAGGCGGAUGGUAUCUGCCUCGAUGGUGUCGACGAACGUACCCUCUGGAGAAUCCUCUUCCUUUCUGGAAUUUUUCAGGCCACAAUGACUCGAAGCUACUGGGUCAUCGAUGCCCUAGACGAGUGUCACAACCCCCCAGCCCUUUUGAAUGCCAUUCUUUCCAACAUGGACGAAUCUAUACCGCUGAGAGUUCUGGUCACAAGUCGGCAUACGGUAGAGCUGGACCAAGGUUUCUCGGCCAUCCCACCCAACCUGGUCCAGUCCUUGCCGAUGUCAAUAACAGACACAAAAUCAGAUCUCAGGCUUUUGAUUGAGAGGAGGACUCAAGCCUUGGGAGUCGCGGGACCGCAUGAUCGAGGUAAACUAGCUGAGAAGAUUUUAGACAAAUCUAAGGGAUCUUUCUUGUGGACAAUCUUGGUACUCGAGGAACUCAUACGCUGCCACAGCAGAAAGGAAAUUGACCAGAUUCUUGAAGACGUGCCCAGAGGUAUGGGGUCACUGUACAAGCGGACUCUAGACUACAUGUCACAGGUCACUCGCGGAAAGGAGUUGGCCAAAACCAUCCUUAUGUGGGCAGCAUGUGCGGUUCGACCACUGACAAUUAGCGAGCUAGACGGUGCUCUGACCCUGGACAUCCACGAUUCAUUCCCAAACUUGGAGGAGAGCAUCGCUGCGCUCUGUGGUCAAUUAGUGGUCGUGGACAAAUACGGGCGAGUCAAUAUGGUGCAUGAAACAGCCAGAGAAUUUCUUGUAGCUGGCGGACUAGAGUCUGAGUUCUCCAUCGAGAAAACUAAGGCGCACACACGGAUGGCUGAGGUGUGUCUCAGUUACCUCGUCGGGGAAGAAAUGAAGCCCCCUAGGACCAGACGGCGCCGUUCUUCAGCAAACUUACCAACAAGAAUGAAUUUCGCCAUCUAUGCAUACACAGCAUACUCAUAUCACCUCUCGAAGGCUGAUCCGUUGGCAGCAGGGGUAUUCCAGCUUGUCACGCAGUUCCUGAAAUCCAACGUACUCACUUGGAUCGAAACGACUGCCGAGUCCCAAAACCUCACCCUCCUCAUACGUGCUUCAAAACAUCUCAACACCUACGUAAAUAGAUGCGCCGUUGAGCGUCCACCACUAGACCCUCGGAUGCGGGCGCUCCGACAGUGGAGCAUGGACCUUGCUCGGAUUCCUGCCAUGUUUGCCAACGCCCUCACGGUAUCGCCAUCAGCAAUAUACUCGUUGAUACCUCCAUUCUGCCCGACUGAGUCUAUGGUAUACAACACCGGAGGCUCAAACCAGAGGCUCGCAGUGCUUGGCGCGUAUAACAAGCAAUGGGAUGACAGGAUGCUGUGCAUCAAUUUCCGCCAGGGCCAACCAAGGGCUUUACGCUAUGGAGACGAGUUCCUGGCCGUCGCCCUCAGUUCAGGAACUGUCGUACUGUACUACACUACAUCCUACCAGGAGUACAAGGUCUUGGAACACGGUGAAGCUGUUAACUUCAUUGCUUUCAAGACCAAAACUGACCUCGUAGCAACUUGUGGUAUCAAGACGACCAAGGUCUGGGAUAUCAGAAAGGGGCAAGUGGUGCACAGCCUCAUCAGCCCUCCGCGUCCGCUGGGAAUGGAAUUUGAUGGAGAUAUGAUUUUGAUUGCGAGUCGCAACAACUACAUCGAGACUUGGAAUUUGGGACACGACGCCCGGGCGGAGUCGGUGCGGAGGCCAUGGAGCGAUGCCAAUACGCCAGAGACGAACCAAGUGCCUCUACGGGGGACACCAUGCGCACUAACUCUCUCUACCAGUCAUGGAAUGCUUGCUGUUGCUUACAAUAAUCAACCCAUCACACUAUGGGACAUGGAAGAGGACACUUUCGUUGGUACCUGUGGCAAGAAACUCUCCAGUGGAGAGACGAGCACGCAUGUCGUCGUCGCGCUUGCUUUCAACCCCAAUCCUGACAUAGACCUUCUCGCAGUCGCAUAUCUCGAUGGUGAUCUCGCCCUCCUUGACCCCUAUGCCGACCGGCAGCUGGAAUGCUUCCGUGCUAAUUGCCAAACCCUCGCCCCCAGCCCCAAUGGGCGUUUCCUUGCAGCAGGUGGUGCAAAUGGGAUUGUCCACGUUUACGAAUUUGAUACGUUCAAACUUCUCUAUCGGGUCAAGUCCACCAACUCAUAUAUCAAGCAGCUUGCUUUUGCCAGAGAUAGUAUGCUUCUUGCCGAUAUACGAGGCACCCAGUGCACUGUCUGGAAGCCUGAAGCUCUGUUGCGGGAGUCCCUGGGUGAUGACAGUAGCGGGCUCACUUCCACUACAGUGGUCGAGACGGUUUCCAUGGAAGCUAAAGCGAAGGUUACUGCCAUGGUGGUCCAUCACACAUCCGCAAUUGUAUUUUGUGGAAAGGAUGAUGGAUCAGUCGUCGUGUAUGAACGAAAAGCAGCAGCGAGCUUGGGGAUUCUCUACAGACACAAGUCCCCAGUCCGCCUAUUGGCCUGGAUUGAACCGAGAGACGCCCUCCUUAGCGUCGAUGCCUCCAACAGGAUCUUUUUACACAGAGUCCAAAAGUCAGCAGACAAAGGUUGGCUCGGCGAUCCAACGGUACUCUUCGAGUCCCGCCUCAACUCCGAGGAGGCAAUCAUAGAUGUGCUAGUAGGAGAAAUAGCGGCCAAGUUCCUGAUAUCAACUCGCGACUCUGAUUAUCUGUUCAACUUGGAUAGCGGCAAGUAUGAGAUAGAACGAACAUAUCCACAAAUGCCAGGAAUCCGGAAAUGGCUCCCUCAUCCGCAAUCCUCUCUACAUCUGAUCUGUGUAGACAACGCCAAAGCCUGCGCCUACUGUUGGAGCGACUGGUCUGAAGUUUCGUCUAUUGCAUUUUCAUUAGACAACCACACGGUAGAGCUUGUAAACGCGAUUUCCUAUUCACUCGACCAAAAACAAAGAAUCAUGCUCCACUUAGUACAUUCUAGUAGUUCCGUCAACAACAACAGAAUUGCGAUUGUUGAUGCAGACUAUCUUACCGUCGAAGGCAAUGAUAACAGCUUCUUGCCAAGGACACAAUCAGAUGCUGCGGCGACAUUAGAUCAACUUGUCACUGAUGAAGACGGGGAGGAUACCAUCAAGGCAUCGAGUCUGGCCGUUCCACUUCGUCCACGUGUGACUCCAUUCGAACUAAGCAUUGCCCAUAUCAUAGGAGUUGACGAAUCAAGAAAACUCAUUUUUCUGAACCGGUCUUCUUGGGUGUGCUCUGUUGAUCUCAGCGAGAGCGGGUUAGAGAUUGCGCAGCGCAAAGACCCCCCGGCGAUAGAAGUCUUUGAGCACUUUUUUGUUCCAUACGAUUGGUUUGCUGGGAAGAGGAACAUUGUUUGUGCCUUGGCAAGGAGAGAUAUUAUGUUGACUCGGGGUGGCGACCUGGCGGUGAUCAGGGGCGGCAUUGACUAUGCCGAGAGAGUGAGUAUCGAAUAA